AUGGCAUCGCCCACCUCCAUGGCCCUGCCAUCUGGCGUCUCGAAGCCCUGGGCCGUUAUCACUCCCAACAACCAGGGCGGCUUGAUAGCUAUUCUGGCGGGCGUUGCGGUCGGGUUUGUGUUCGUCUCGCUGCUCAUUCGGGUGUAUAUGCGACACAACUUUGCUGCGUACCGGUUGGAUGAUUAUACAUUUUUGGCUGCUUCAAUCUUCGCGUGCUGUCAAGCAGCAGUGGUAUUUCAGCAAGUAAAUCUGGGGCUAGGGAAAUCCGACGAUCUCCUGAAUCCCCUCAAUAUAGCCUCGCUAGAGAAGGCCUCAUACGCCAGCGACAUCCUCUACAUAACCACCAUCUUCCUCUGCAAACUCUCCACCUGCUUCCUCUUCAUCAACCUAACCCCCUCGAAGGGCCACCUCAUGGCCAUUCGAACCAUCCUCGCCCUCUCCAUCGCCUGGAUCAUCACCUCCCUCUUCCUGAUCGCCAUCCGCUGCCACCCUGCGCACCCAUGGACCGACAGAUCCACCGCCACCUGCGCGGACCUCUUUACGCGCUGGCAAGCCAUCUCCGCCCUCGACGCCACCACCGAAAUCCUCCUCUUCGCCAUGUCCCUCUACCUGAUCUGGGGCAUCCAAAUGCCGCUGAGCUCGAAGCUCAUCGUCGUGGGCGCGUUUAGUUGCCGAUUACCCACCCUCAUUCCCAUCUCCCUCCGCCUCCACUACCUCUACCCCACCCUCCACACCGCCAACCCCUUCCACCCCCUCUCCCGCCUCGUCGGCUGCACGCAGCUGCACGUCGGCUACGCCAUCAUGGCGUCCAUAAUACCCUAUCUGAAGCCCUUCAUGAGCGUCUACGACGUCCCCGUCGCCUCGGCGUACUACAACGUCUCGGCGCUGUCGACGGCCGCGUCGCACGGGAAGCCCGCGCACGGGGAGCGGGGGGAGCGGGUGCGCAGCGCGUACGUGCUGGAGGACAUUGGGGAGGCGAAGGGAGGGGUGCGGCUGCGGCCGGAGGAGGUGCUGCACGAGGCGAGCUGC